AAGUAAUACUCUAACAGCCAAGUAAGCUUAAAAUAAGCGCACGAUAAAGGCAUAAAAGAAAGUGGAGGCAUAGCCAGCACAACAAAGAGACAUGCCAAAUAUAUUCAACUUCAUCCAUGUAAAUUGUAAUAGAGUCUCUCUCGCACACAGCACACACUAAACGGGCUGUCCAGCUAAUGCUCAAACUACCAACCAAACAGAACUGCUGAUACAAUACAUAUAUACAUUAACACAAACUUAUGUAAUUUAUUUAUGCUUUUCAAGUCAUCAUUAUCCACCGUCGCAACCACCGCCAGCGCAGCCGAGAUCUGGGGAAUGGGCUUCUUUCUCAUCUUCUUCCCCGAGGAAGAAGAAGACGAAAUCAACAACCCCAAUACUAAAAAAUUGAAGCCCUCGAUCACAUUCAACACGCUUCUCCGGCGAACAAAUUCAGUCCAUCUGGUCUCGAAAGCCCAGUCCACUAUCUCCAUUUGCGCGUUGCUUGUUUUCUUCUCUUUGCUUCUUUUCACUCUCUCCACUUUCGAGCCCACCGCCACUCCCAGCUUCCCGCGGCGACAGCUCAGUUCUAUCAAGCUCUACAAGCCCAAGCCCAGGCCCAUUGUUCGUGAGACUGUGCACGCGUUUCAGGGGAUGGGGAGCUUGUAUACCAGAGGGAGCAGAGCUAUGAACAGUUUGAUUAUAUGCCAUGUAAUGGACUCUGUGUCAAUAAGUGAGCUUGGGCUUUUCUUGAGGCUGUUGCAUAGGUCUUCGCUCACCUCGAGAUCGGACGUUUUGUUUGUGUUCCCCUCGGGGAAAUCAAAUGGCUAUGAUUACGUGAUUCGCCAGGAGAAUGACUCGGUUCUUGAACUCAUUGCUCGGUUCAAGGACUUGAAUGGGAGUAGUGAGUUGGAAGCGAGUUUUGAUGUGACUCAGUUUGUGAAAUCGAGUGAGAAGAUGAAAGGGAGUGCGGAGGCGAUAUGGGGGAGGAGAAUUCGGAGUGGGAAUUUCAGUGGGGAGAAUGAGACCGAGUUGACUCAGUUGAGUUAUGGCUCGGUGGUUGGGUUUGAAGUGGACGAGCUUGACCCGGAAAACUCGCUGGCUGGGUUCAUGGACCACGUUCCGUUGAGUUUGAGAAGGUGGGCUUGUUAUACGUUACUUCUAGGUCGGCUUAGACGAAAGUUCAAACACGUCAUGUUAGUGGAUGUGAAAGACGUGUUGCUACUCGGUGAUCCACUCGGCCGAGUCAAGAAUCAGAGUCCCGAGUCGGUUUACUUGUCAACAAUCUCUACUGCCACCGCUAAACAUGGGAGGAAAAAUCACCAAAAAGACGUGAUUACCCCUUCGAUAAUAUCGGGCGGAGCGCGGGGAAUUCGGAGGUUAGCGAACUCAAUGGUGACGGAGAUAGUACGAGUUGCAAUGCAGCACAAGAAGAAGAACUCGGUGACUGACUCAGUGGUAUUGAACCAGCUUGUGGGGAAUGACUUGUUAACGAGCAACAUUAAAGUGGUGGUUUCGCCCGAGUCAAUACCGGAAGCGAGUUCACUCAGCUCAGUUGUUUUGUCGAAUCAUUCGGUGAUAAGACGUGGAAAUAGCAAUGUCGAGGAAUUUCGUGUUGCAUUGAUGAAGCAUAUAUGUUCGUUUAAGUUAGAUUCUUCGGUUUAUACUAGUGAUUGUUAGGAAAAGUUUCGAGUUGAACAUAGAGAGGAGUGAUAUAUUAAUUAUUACUGUAUUAAACAGAGUAGCGAUUUGUUUUUUACUGUCCAUAAUAACAACAUUUGUGGUAAAUGGUAAUUAUAUUUGUUUCCUUUUA